AUGGACAUUACAAGAUCACUCGGCGUAGCCACCGUCCUCGUAAUUAUCUACUCCGUUCAAACCACAGCACAAAUGGAACAAACUCACGAGGCAAUGCGAUGCGUAGAAAAACUAAUACCAUGUCAUCCGUACAUCAACACAGAUUCUCCUCCGCCUCCGUGGUGUUGCAAUCCGGUGAAAGAGACCGUUGAGAAAGACGUUACAUGUCUAUGUGGAUUCCUCAACCAUCCGGACAUGCUCGCACUCAUUGAUCUCACCCAAGAUGACGCUUUAAACCUUCUUAGUUCAUGUGGAGCUAGUUAUGACGACUCAUUUUGUAGCAAUAGCACUGAUUCUUCGCCUGAUGCGUCGCCGGGUGCUACGACCUCUAGUGAGAACUCUUCCGCAACCACCACGAAAAAUGCAGCCCUAGCUAUCAGUAUUUUGGGAUUUAGCUUCAUUUGGCUUUGA